ACAGCGUUUUCACAUUAAAUAUUACGGGCAGUUCCAGAUAACUAAUUUCUGUUGCAGAUUUUGUCAAGAUGUUGCGCAAAUGGCUUUAAUUACUAGUCAAACAACAAUCAUGUUUAGUUUUCUCCAACGCAGUCAGCGGGUUUCGCGUUCUGUUAUUUUGUUGUUCUGCGGCUUCCGUAGUUCGCCACACUGAAAGGUCUUUGUGUGCUACAGUCUUUACUGAAUAUCUCGUGAAAUUUAGUCUACUGUGCGUCAAUAUAGAUGUUGUGUUCGGAAUGGCUAAUGACAGGCUGAGGGCGUUGGAAGAUGUGGAGAAGGAGAUAGCUUUAGUGCUGCAGAGCGCAGGAACGAUCGUGCUGGAGCUUUCUAAAGAGAAGGCCAAUGCUAGUUUAUUAGACCGACAGCUGAACCAGUUCCAGACCUCCAUCAACAGAGUUGAGAGUGAACUGAGUGCACAGAUCCGAUAUCUGACACAGGUGGCAACAGGUCAGCCUCAUGAGGGAUCGACAUACUCGGCCAGAAAGGACUGUCAGAUGGCCCUAAACCGUGCAGAAUACGCCCGUGUCAAACUGGGGGAGCUGGGACGCACCUGUGAGAUAAUGCUUGAUCCGCAGACAUAAAGACAUAUUAAAUGGACUGUUGCUUCAUAAGUAUCUACAUGCAUCAAAACCUUUCUGAAUACCAUCUACAAGCCAACACUUUUUAUUUUUCAUAAUUUUAAAGAAAUUUUGUUUGACAAACUCAGUGAUUUAAAUAUCUUUCCCGUCGAAAUAUCACCAACGCUUUUGUCUUAUUGAGAAAUGUUACGUUUUGUUAUUUUGUUUUCUUGUUACGUUAUCACUUUGUUAAUAGUUAGGACAAAAGAAAAAUAAAAACAUUUUUUCCACUAGUAUUUUA